GGAAGUUCUUGCUUCAACAGUGAUUGAACGGAGCUUCUUCUUCGUCUCGCUCUAUUAUCUUCGAUUUUCAUUUUUGUAUUUUAAUAAGAAACAAAUAAAAAUCAGCUGAAAUGGAGACUUCUCAGAUUCGUCAGAACUACCACCGCGACUGCGAGGCGGCCAUCAACAAGAUGAUAAACAUGGAGCUUUACGCCUCCUACACCUACAGCUCGAUGGGUUUCUACUUCUCUCGCGAUGACGUCGCCCUCGAGGGUUUCGCCCAUUUCUUCAAGGAGAACAGCCACGAGGAACGUGAGCACGCGGAGAAGUUCAUGUCCUUCCAGAACAAGAGGGGCGGCCGCAUUUUCCUCCAGGAUGUCAAGAAACCUGAGCGAGAUGAGUGGGGCACCGGACUGGAGGCUAUGCAGUGUGCUCUGCAGCUGGAGAAGAAGGUGAACCAGGCUCUGCUGGACCUGCACAAGCUCGGCUCUGAGAAGGCUGACCCUCAUCUGUGUGACUUCCUGGAGUCCGAGUACCUGAAUGAGCAGGUGGAGAUGAUCAAGAAGCUGGGUGACCACAUCACCAACCUCAGCAAGAUGGACGCUGGCAACAACAGGAUGGCCGAGUACCUGUUUGACAAGCACACCCUGGGCAGCAAGAGCUAAAUCCAGCACCAGGCUUUGACCCAGAGUGUGUUCAGACUCUACUUGGAAAUGAACUGUGGUGUUCAUGCAAAAUUAUAGUGUGAAAUGGUCCCAUUCUCACUUUCUAGCCAAGACCAGCUUCUCUAAAUGUGUACAACUUGAUUGUGACCAUGAUGUUAAUCUUGAAAAUAAAUGUUUUCUUCAGCA